AAGCAAGACCUCGAAAGCUCACACGCGAACAAAAUAAAUUUCAGUUUUCAGUUCUUGAGCGUCUGUUGUUGAGUGUGGAGGUUUGGUCAGAGUACGACGCGUUCGGUGCGUGUUCGGCGACCCAUUUCCAUAAGAAUUAUUUACUUUUAAUAAAUGUAAUUUCUGCAGUGUGUAAAGCUGUCAUCGGACAUGAUAAACAUGUAAUGCGGGAUAAUUUAUUUUUAAUUACAUAUUUGUUUGAUCUGACUGGCGCCACCGCGGCAUGAACACGCGCUUGUUUGAAAAGUUUGUUUUAAAAUAAACACAGGGUGGAAGCAAUGUUGGAGCGUGAUAAAAGGACUUUAUUCGCCUGGAUAUUGACUAGCUCGAUGUCUUCGUUGGUUUAUUCGCUGGAAACCGAAGAGCCCAUCACCGUAAAUAAAGCACGGACGUGGGCCCGCUUUUCCACAGAUUAUGUGCGGUGUUUCUGCAACCUCCCGCAGUGCGUCAGCACUGGUUAUAUGUGCCUAUCCAGCGAGGGCGGCUGUUUUUCCAGUUUUCUGGACCAUGCGGGGCAUCAUUCCAAAGACUAUCGCGGACGUCAUGGGUGCCUGGAAUUUCUCAGCGAAGAAAAUCGUGCCAUUUGUGCUGCCGCUUCCAACACGAAAAAGACACUCACUCUCUGUUGCCACCACGACAUGUGCAACCACGUCGACAGCCCCCAAACAAAAGACAUAAUCAACAACACCCAACAAGAACCCCAUGCCACCAUCGGCAACUUACAACAACCCAUAGACUACUCAAACUCCCAAGUGUGGUUCCGAGCAGCCACUAUAGCAGUGCCCGUUUGUGGAGCAGUCAUUCUCUUCGUCUUGAUCGCACUAGCAGUUAAGAUUUUACGAAGCGAAAAUCAAAAUCACGCCACACAAAAAUUAGGGACGUCAUAUGAACACCAUAUGCCUUCUCAAAGCAAGCACGGCUGUGACAAACUGGAACGCACUUACGACAACAUUUUGCGAAGAUCGCAGCACCAGAAAUGUUUAUAUCAGUACCAAGGCGAUGAUUUGCAGCGAAUUCAAGUGCCGCUACUUAUCCAAAAUGAAAUUGGGACGCAUCAUACGGGGAAUAAAAACGAAACCAACGCCAAACUGAACCUGAUGCAAGGAGACGCAAAUGUGGCGUCGGUCGUGCUAGACAUUGAGAAGAUCACGACCAAGUGCUCCAAAACCAAUUUAGUCCAUCAUGUAAAUAGCGACAAAAAAUACAUAGAGGAUAAGUUCACAAGCGACGACAAGAACUUUAUCAACUCGCUUAAUCACUGAUUGAUUCAAUCAACACUAACAAGGAACCAAAGUAUUUAAGUAGGGUGAACAUCUGAGUGGCUAUUCCACGGAGGACUAAAAUAUUAGGACAGGUGGCGAAAUUGUUCCUUGCUUGUAUUUAUGCUAAAAACAAACAACAGAAAAUUACUGUUCUAGAGAACUACAUUUUCUUAAAAAAAUCCGAAAGACUAUAUGUUGAACGGUUUUUUUUUCAAACGAAAAAAAUUAAAAUACUCGUUUCGAAAAAUAUCGGGUGGUGUGCAAUUCCUAUUUUUAAUAUUUUUUCAUGUGUUUCCUGUGAAAAAUUUCGAAAUUAAUUUUUAAAAGAAAUACAGAAAUAAUGAACAAAAUGAUUUCUUUAGAACCAGAUGUUGCUUCUAAAUUAAACUAUUUGUAAAUAUAGAUAUUUAAAAGCAAGUUUUAGUGGGUUGAAAAAUUCAGUUGUUUAUUUUUUUUAUGAAAAUACAAGUUUGAAGAAUGAAUCAAUUAAUCUGUGCGUACAGUUUAAAAAAAUGGCCAGAUAAAGAAGCUACAAUAUUUUUUUCAUUCGAUUUAAAUAAGUUUUUCUAAAAAAAUUAAACGUUUGAAUUUUCCAACCCUUGUAGAUUUGUUUAAGUUAAGAAUGAUAUAUUAACUGAACUGUGAGAUGAUUUUGUAAUUUAGAAGCAACAUACACAGGGUCGUUUUUAAAAAAACGGCAGGCGCUGUAGAACUUUUAUUUAUGGCCCGAAUAAUAAAAAAAAUAAAACGAAUGGCUUCUCAUGUAUUAUAAGCUGAUGAUUUUAAUUUUUUUCUAAAUCUCAUAGUAUAUUUUGGGCUCCAUUCAACUUAUUUCCAAUUGCGACUCAUAUUUUUCUUUUAAUAUUUUAGAAGAUAUUAGUUAUUUAGUACAAACAUGUGUGUUUAUACUAAAUUUUUCAUAAAAAAAACAUUAAAAAUGAAGAACAUUUAAUAAAAGUUAAUAAAAUCUAAUAAAAACUAUUCUUUAAAAUAAAGAUUUUAACUACUUAAUAGAUAUGUUAAUUUAUAUAUUUUGUUAUUUGCUGCGUUUUGACAUAACAAUAACAGCAGUGUCUUAUAUGACACCAUACAACUAAAUUUUAUUAAUAUUUUUGAAAUUUGGUAAUUUUUUAAAGUAGAACAUAUUGCACAUGUUUGUAAAAAAAAUAAUAUAUUCCAAUUUAUAAAAAGAAAAAAAAAGUUUUAGUUGACAAUAAGAACGUUGAAUAUAGCCAAAAGUAGAGCCUGUUAGAGAAUGGUUUAGCAAAAAUUUAAAGGUAGACAGAGAAUGGCAGUAUAAAUCGAUUAGGCAAAAUUUAUGUCAAUCAAAAAUGCAGUUUUCCCAAAAAAUCAUUCCCAAAUUUUGAGAACCCCUGAACUAGAAUUAUAAAAAUUAGCAUACAUUUAAUACUAUUGACAAAACAGCAGAGGUAAAUUAACUUCUUGGUCCACUACGUUAUUCUUCUAUUUGAAUUUGUGUUUUAUCAUUAAAUUUUACGAAAAAAAAUUUUUUUGACCGAGAUUCAAACCUCCCACUCAAAUGAACAUGUUAAUCACAAUUUUGAAAAAUUCUCAAAACGCCCAUACGCCACCAUUUUGUUUAAUGAAAAAAUUAACUGCUAAUAAACUAUCACAAGCCACACAGUGGCUCUCAACAGGUGGAUUAAUAAAAAUUUCUAAAGAAAAUUCGUACUUUUUGGAAAAAUGAUAUGAUAACUCGUCUGAUUAUGAAAAAUUCACAAACGAAUUAUUGCUAAGCCAUUCCCUAACACCCUGGAUACCAACAUUUACAUUUUUUUAAGCCAACUAUUUUACUUUUUUAAUUUUUGAAAUCGGAUCAUAUAAAAAAUCUAUAACGCGCUGCUGUUUUUUUAAUCAUCCUGAAGUUGUAAAAAAUCAUUUUAUUUAUUUUCCCUUUUAACCAUACAGUUUACCAUGAUUGCAUUUUUUCCAAACAACUUAAAUUGUUUGUGUCCUAGUUUAGUCCUCCAGAGAUAAGACUUAACGCACUUGCGGCUGUGACAUUCUUGGAUUUUGCGACUGACCGCACCAUAAAAUAUUUCCAGGAUUGCCGUGAUGUUUACCACUUGAUAAUGACUGCUCAAAUUUAAUUACUCGUAAUAUGUACAUAUCUUGUAUACUUUUAACAUUCUGACUGUAUUCGCUUAUUUUGUAUAAUAUUAGUUAAGGAAAUGCUUAUUUAUUGUGCCUUUUUAUAUCCAGCAAAUAAAAGUUCUAAAUCAGA